AUGGCGGGGACCGUGUGUUUUCCUGACUCUGGAGUGGUACAGCUUGACUUUGAAACCCAGCUCACCAUUCUAUUCGACAACUUCUGGAGACGUCUGGAGAGCAGAGCCGGUAGGCACCAACAAAGUGAUGCCCCUGACGGGCUUAAACGCCACCUAGUCCGCGGACCCCAACUGCACCCUCGGAGAAAGCAAAUGGCACCCAGACCACGGCACACACAAACAGGGCGGAAAUGCCCAAACAAGCGCAAGAUCAAGGAAGCCGAGUGCAAUUCCCAGAUGGAUCGGAUUGUCAAGUGGUCCCCCUAA